CAGAAUCAGAUCCUGUAAAGUUGUAUCCACCCGACGACCAGUCACCGUUUUGGACAUUAGAAGCCGGCAAUUUUUUAAAUGAACUCCCAACUUUUGUAAAUAUAAGCUGUUCAUUGUUUACUCAGGACAUAUAUGUUACAUUUUACAAAGAAUUGGAAAUCGACAUGGAUGAUAUCAAAUGUACCAUUCCAGAACCCCAGGAUCAUAAAAAGAUAUUUUUUCUUGACUCUGCCAAGUUGAAGAAGGGCGAUAGUCUAGAUAAUCUUAUUUUCCUAGAUGAAAUGCCAAUGGGAAUGAACAAAUAUCGCAGCUUUAUUGAAGAUGUCAAAUUUUCAGGAGUUCUUUCACCAAUUUGUAAUUUCCAUUCGGAUUUAAGAUACAAUAAAAAUAGAACUAUUAUACAUUGCAAGCUAGAAGUAUUGAAAUCUUUAACUCUCAGAAAUGAUAGUACAUUUAGGCUGGGAUUAACUAAUGGAAACAAAAAAUGUGCACAACAAAAUAUCACUGGUUACAUAAAUAUAAUAUUUGAAUUCGGAAAUAAACGAAUUAAAAGAUCCAAUAUAUUCAACAACAAUAGCAAAAUAUUUCGAACCGCUGCACCCUUCGCACGGGUUAUGCAACCCAUAAAUGGGAAAAAUACUGGGAACUAUCAAUGUACCAUGAUAAAUAGUAAAAAAAAUCCUUUUGGGAUUACUCAUGAUGGAAUUGUGUAUGUUAUUGAUCCUCUUAUGUUGAAGAAUGCUACGACAGAAUAUUUGGGAUUGAACAUCACCUGGCAAAAAAACAACGUCACACAGUAUGAAGAAGUUAGCGUUAGAAUAGUUGAUGAACCUGAAGCCACUUGCACUACCUUGGAAAAUGAAGAAGACUGGGUAAUUUGUUCAAGUAAAAAAACGGCGAAGAGCUGUAUGAAAAAAAAUAGUUGUGGGCUGGGUACCGGAGGACUAACUAGCGUGGAGACUAGAUCUGGUCCACAUCGCUGCAUGUGGCGAGGAGACAAAAAUCCAGGAAACCACGAAACUCAUUUAUAUUCCACAUGCACUUCUGACACGAAGUACUGUCCAGAUGGUACCUGUGACUCUCUAGAAAUGCUGGCAGAAGACUUCUUGUGUCCUCAAGACUGCACCAAAACUGCUGUGUUUCCAACAAAAUUGAACGAGAUUACCGGAAGGGGUGUGGAUAGAUGCAACGCUGUUCUAGUAUGCGAAAUGGGAUGUACUUGCAUUGUUAAACUUCCUAGUAUUAGUAUAAAUGCGAAUGGUAGUGUUAACACGAAGUCAAAGGGAGAAUUGGUUGGAAUAAAGAAUUCAGAACAUUCAAGCAUCUGUGGUACCGAAUGCAUGCUUUUGGCAAGCGGGGGAGUAGGAGCCAUCAUUUUCGUAAUUCUGAUUGCAACUUUGAUAUGCCGGAUUUCGCGUAAAAGCUCUGGUGGAAAAAAGAAUAAUUUGACGGAAUCAGAGACGCCGUUUUCUGAAUAUGUCGAAAGAAAUACCACAAAUGAGCCAUUGGUGGUUAACUUUCAAAUGUCUAAUUUGGAUGGUCCCCGUGUGAAUAAUGUAAAUGUACAGGUGGAUCUCAAAUGGAGGUUUCCUAGACAUCAAAUUUUUAUUGAACAGGUGUUGGGAGAAGGAGAGUUCGGAAAAGUUCUCAAGGCUAAAGCUUUUAAAAUAUCUGGACGUCCAGGCUAUUCUGCAGUAGCUGUGAAAACUUUGAAAGAGGAUUCCAGAAAGCAAGAUUAUAACGACCUGUUUUCCGAAUAUCAGCUCCUCAAAGAGGUCAAUCAUCCUCACGUAAUCCAACUUUUGGGAGUGUGUACGCCGGAGGAUGGACCUUUGUAUAUUAUAUUGGAAUAUUGUGUUUAUGGAUCCUUGAGAAAUUAUCUUAGGAAAAGCAGACGAAUUCUAAGUACCACAGAACUGGCUCAGUUAGAUGACCACAUCAGCAACAGAGUUAAGCCGCGUGAUAUUUUAUCGUUUGCCAGACAAAUUGCUAGUGGAAUGUCAUAUUUGAGCGACAUAAAGUUGGUACAUCGAGAUUUAGCGGCAAGAAAUAUUCUAUUGGCAGACAACAAAGUAUGUAAGAUCUCUGAUUUUGGACUUACAAGGGACAUAUAUGAAGAUAGUGCUUAUUUUAAGAAGAGCAAGGGCCGAGUCCCUGUUAAGUGGAUGGCUCCCGAAUCAUUAGCUGACCACUUGUACACCACAAAAUCGGAUGUGUGGAGUUUCGGAAUCCUUAUUUGGGAAUUGAUUACGCUUGGAUCGAGUCCUUAUCCAGGGAUUGCUGUCCAUAAUUUGUAUAAUUUACUGAAGCAAGGAUAUAGGAUGGAGAGACCACCGAAUUGCUCUACAGUAUUAUAUGCAUUAAUGAACAAAUGUUGGAACCUGGAUUCAAAUGCCCGACCCACUUUCUUGGAACUAUACCACUGCUUUGAUAACCUACUGACCGAUAAUAUUAACUAUUUGGAUUUAUCGGACAAUGCUAUAAUUAAUAGGAGUUAUUUUUCUAACUUGCCUAUUGAUGGUGGAGAGCCAGGAUCAUCGGACUUAGGAGGCGAAAGAAUUUACCGAAAACACGAUUUCGAUAAAACCGAGCUAGAAAAACCUGAAAAAUUAUUGUCAGCAGAAGAGUUAAAAGAUAAUUCUGUUGUUUAUGAAACUCCGGUCAAAUUUCCGAGGCCUGUAAUAAUGACAUCGUACAAUGACGCUCCUGGAGAAUAUACGGAUAUGAAUGCUAAACAGCAAACUAUAAAUAACGAUUGCAUUUAGGAAUGAAAUUAAAAACUAACUAAGGAUAUUCAAUACAAAAAUAUUUUUGGAUGUAUUUUAUUGAUCAUGAAGUUUGUAGGUACCCACUUGAAAUUUGGAAAAAUAUGACUUCAGUUUUUUCAAAUUUCUAACUAAGUAUAUUUCCCUACAAGAAAAAAAUUAAUUUUCGAAAGUUUUCAUCAAGCAGAGUUAACCUAAACAAGUGUCUUGAAACUCUUAAACAAGGUAUAUUGAAAUGUGAAUAAUUUUCUGUUUUUCCAAAUAUUCCAAGUUGUCCAGAAAUAUAUCUACAAGUUUAUUACUUUUAAGUUCAAAUGUUUCCAUAUUUCUGAAUACUUAUUACUUGUCUUAUGCCUGCAGGUCAGUGUUCAACAUGGAAAAAAUAUAUACAUAUUUUUUUGUUUUAACAACAUAGAACCAUAAUUAAAAAUAUUUUUGAAUGCCAUAAGCCAAUAUUAAGAUUCUGGAAUGACUAAAAAGCCAUGGCUUGUAGUAGAUUAAAAAUACCAGUCUUGUGCUUAGUUUUUCCUUUGCUCGUACAAAGACGUGUAAAUCAGUUUCUCUUAUGAAAAAAAUGCAAUAUUUUUAGGAAAAUGGGAAGCAUCAAAAUUUCAAUUAAAAUAAUAAAAAAAUUAAAUAAUCCUUGCUAGGCUAUUAUUUGAUUUCUGAAAAAAUCUGUUACUUGCCGUAGUAGAUGAAUACCUUCAACAUCAUUUUGUAUCAGUAUAGGUAUUUCCAGAUUUCAUACCCUUUUAAACCGUUUUUUUUGCUGACUUAGUAAUAGUGUACCACAAGAACAAAAAUUUAUAUUUUAUUAGAGAAUAAUGUUGGGAAAAAUUGGAGAACUGGAAGAUUUUUCAGGAAUGUUUCACUCUAAUUUAAACUGAUGCCUAAAAAAGAAUAUUACCUAUAUAAGAUUAACUAAACUAAACAUUGAAGCCAUUCAGAAUAACUUUUGUUAUUUUGAAGCUAUGCCUAUAAUAAUCUUAGUAUUGUUAAUAAUGAUCAGUGUCCAAUUUUCUAAAUGUUCGAGUUAUUUAGUAUUAAUAUUAAUGUAAACCAUAAUAUUAUUGUUAAUGUGAUAUAGUAGCUAGUAUAUUAGGAAAUUUUCUUCACAUAUUUAUUAUAGCCUAAUAAUUGUUAUAUUAACC